GUUAUUGAUUGAUGAUUCAUGAUUGUUCAAACUUCAAUAUUCAGUCAAUUUACAUUUGUACUGCAAGUACCUAAACUGUUCAAAUUUCAAACACCAAUUCAAGUCGCACUUCCCUAUUUUUGUAAUUUACCAUACCACAUUAUUCGCGGUACCUAGUAAAUAUACAGAAUACAGAUUGACACAAGUGAGACGGGCUAAAGCAAAACUUACGUGGUAAGGCAAUUAUUAACUAGAAGGUCAUAAAUUCCUCCAUCGCAAGAAUGGCUAAGCCUAAAAUAGAUGAUCCAUCGGAAGAAGCAAAAAAGAUAGUGGAUGAUGCGAAAAAUUUUAUAGAGAAAGCAAUAUCAGAUAUUGGAAAAACAUCAGCUACGAAACAGCUAAUUUUAGGCACUGCGUCAGGAUGGAUCACAGGAUUUCUUACUAUGAAAAUAGGUAAAGUUGCAGCUGUAGGAUUGGGAAGUGGAGUUAUAUUACUACAUAUUGCCAGCCAAAAGGGUUAUAUUGAUAUCAAUUGGGAUAAAAUAAAUAAAAGAGUUGACAAAAUAACUGAUAAAAUUGAGAAAGAAACCACUGGCAAGUCUCCUGACUGGGUUGAAAAAGUUGGGAGAUUUGUAGACCGUAAAAUUGACAAAGCUGAAGACAUUUUAAAGAAAAAAGAAUACAAAGCUAAACGUUGGUAUAACAAUUUCACUGGCGAUAAUCAAUACCAUGCUACUGAAACACAUGUAUUUUUAGCAUCCUUUAUGGCUGGAAUGGCAAUUGGACUUCUUUGUGGACACUAAAAAUUUCAAGAAACCUUAGUCUGAACUACUUAAUCUCAAUAAAGUAUUAUCUUUUAGCUGUUGAUAUAAUCUGUAACCAUAAUAUUAACCUUUUAAGAAAUAAAAUAUUUAGUUAACUUAUAACAA